AUGGCUCCUCAUGGACUGCUUUCCCUUGUACUGGCCUUUGCGCUCACCUCUACGUCGACCAUAGUGGUGGCUCUUAGAUUUUACACUAGGUACUUUAUCGUUGGAAAGCUUACUACUCCCGACUGGGUCAUGCUCCUGGCACUUAUAGGGACCUGGGCAUCUACAGUGGUCAACUGGUAUAUGGUGCAAUUCAUGGACCACAGCAGUGUCGAUGUAAGCUACCGCUGCCCAUUGAAGCGAUGGAAAACUGACAUAUUGGAGCCCAAUGUUCCGGACACAAUGGAGAGGGUCGUUGUUGGCGCUCUGCUAUCGAUUUGGUUAUAUCGAUUGAACUACAUCAUCGACCUCUGCCUUGUCAAAACAUCAAUCCUACUGUUCUACAAUGAAAUCGCGGCAUCGAACCAACGCUUUCACUUUGGCAUUCGAGCUCUACUCUUAAUCAACAUUGUUGGUGGAAUUGCCUUUGCCUUUGCCUCCAUCUUCAUGUGUUAUCCAGUCGCUGAUGCAUGGUCGUUUGAGGUCUUCAAGGGCGGAGUGAAGGGUAAGGCAGCCACGCAAUGUUAUUACCCAGGACCUUUUUGGCUCUCCAACGCUGGCUACAACCUCGUCACCGACGUGAUCAUCUGGACAGUGCCGAUGGCGUUUUUCAUGAAUCUCCAGGCAAUACCACUAAGACAGCGUCUCGAGCUCGUGGCGACCUUUUCGGUGGGUAUCGUAGCUAUCGUCGCGUCGGUAGUUCGACUUUACACGAUUGUGCUCUGGUUGUCUAGUUUGAAGCAGCAGAGAAUAAACACGGCAAAUGUGUUGAUAUGGAGCCAGGUGGAACAGCACGCCGGUCUCAUAGCAGGUUCUAUCCCGUUCUUGCGGCCAUUAUAUCGUCAAGUGCUGGCUAGGGCAAGGAGAAGAGAGCAGAAUAGCCCCAGCCCGGCAGCGCAUCUAGUUGAGGAACCUGCACCAGAGAUGGUCCAGGGAAUGCUCCGGAGGCCCAUCCUUCCAUCAACAACCUCUACAUGUGGGUCGAGCAACCGGGAGUUCAGGCGACCCGAGUGGGUUCUUGAACCAAUUGAGCCUGUUGGGAAGGAUUGCAUUUGGGAAGUGCCGCACCCUACUUGA